GGAAGCCGCCAUGCCUGGUGUGAUGGGCUUGCCCAAAUCACUGCUGAGUGUGGACACGGACGGGCGGGUCAUCCACCUAGAGUCUCUCUCCAAAUGGGUCUGCCCCGGCCUCCGCCUUGGCUGGUUGACGGCUCCCAAGGCCUUUGUGGAAGGCGCGUACCGGAAAUGGAACGAGCUGACGAUCCAAUUUCCUUGCACGGUCUCCCAGUCCGUCUUCUGUGCGAUGCUCCGAGCGUGGGGUCAGGAGGGACUUGACCGCCACCUCCGACGUUUGCAAGUGCAUUAUGCCAAGCAACGCCGGGUUAUGCACCUGGCAGCCCGACGGCAUCUGCAGGGACUGGCCACCUGGGAUUUGCCCAAGGCGGGUAUGUUCAUCCUGUUUAAAGUCCCCGCAUUGAAAGGGAAAGGGAAAGCAGAGACCGACUCGGUCCUCGAAGAGUUGUUGGCGGAAGACGUCUUGAUGGUACCGGGGUAUGCCUUCGACCCGUCCCCUGAAAAGGCGGCCGAGCCCGCCUUUCGCGCAACUUACGCGACUGCGAGUCCAGAGAAGAUAGAAGAAGGGAUCGCCCGCUUCGGCAAGGCCGUGGCGCGUCUAACGGAGGGAAUGAAGGAAGAGAGGGCGGAGGAGAAAACUGUGCCGGUGAUGGAUUGAGUGACAGUGGAAAAUAAUGUUUUCAGGGCGUAAAUAUUGAUGAUGGUACGGAUGCCCAAGGUGGUGAUUGGUGAAUAGCGGACUGGCAUCAAUAGGGAGGGCGGAGGAGUGAUGCUGUGAAGGAAAAAGGGUUCUAGAAUGGAAGCGAUGGCAUAGCGGAGAUAAGUCGACAGGACGACGCCAGCAUCAGAAGAGCUCAUAGCUUGCACUUUAAGAUUUUGGGGUGGUUGGGUCUGCUACAAAGUUGAAGAUCGUGAGAUGGGAUACUCCUGCAGAGUCGUGUCCGCGACUUUGAUACGCCAUGGUGUCCUUGAAUGAUGAUAUAAGAAAGAUUCUUGUGCUCUCAAUAGGCGAAGAAAGGGGCGAGAGCCAAGGUGCACAUAAUAUGUCUAACAACGAGGGAUGCGUGCUUGUAACAAAGAAACCGACAAGUGAGGUCA